AGAUCGGUAACCAUCCGCACUGCUCCACUGCCAAUUCACCUCAAGUCCCGAACAAACCCACCGGCCGGAAAAAUGCCAAAUGGAGCGACAGGGAGCAUACAAUUUUUAUAGUAGCGUGUGAAACGGUUAUUGCUGAAGGUCACCGUCAAGGGAAGCGUUUUACCAAACACGGGUGGGAGACUCAUUUUCUUGUUCAACUCGACAGCCGGCAAGAAUUGGAACAAAACUCAACCGAAAAACCACUGGGAUUCAAUGAGGCGUGAACAUAAACGAUUUCAUGAGUUGAUUCGAUGCUUCGGGUUUAAGUACAACCCAACUACUAAUUUAAUUGUUGCGAAGGAGAAUCGGUGGAGUCGAAAAAUCAAGGAGAACCCCUUUUACAAAGACUUCAAGGACAAAGAUUGCAGGGAGAUAUAUAUUCAAUACGCAGUAUUGUUUGGUGAAUCUUAUGACCCUUUUAAGUAUGCAGUUACCCCGGCGCAACUCUGCAGAAGGAUGUUCGACAAUACUUCCUCCAAAGACCAUCAGGAUGAGAUCCCCAUCGACGCGGAAAGUAGUGACUCAAGUGACGAGCCGAUGGAGGAGAAGGGCACGUCGAGCAUGGAUGUAUCUGCUCCUCGCAGCGGCAACAAACGUAGUUCUGUCAUGAAGAAUAAAUACAAGAAGAAGAAGAAAAAUUCCGCAAGAGAAUUGUCUUAUUUAGUUGAUCGCGUUGCUAGUGUUGGGGAGAAGAUUGAGGCAAAAUUGAGCAAUAUCGUAAGUGCAAAUGGAACGGAUGCCAAAACAUGUUUGAAAGAAUUGUUGGCGACGGGAAGCCUGGUAAAGAAAACUGAGUUGUACUAUUUCGCGCUUAUGUUCUUAUCGCAUAAGCGGAAUAGAGAGGUGUUACCGGUGUUUGAAGACGCUGACGAGAAGUUUGAGUGGAUUGAGUACAAUUUCAAACACUUCAAAAAAUGAUUUGUUUCGAACUAUCUUGUGUUGUCAAUGUAAUUGUGUAUUUUCGUCUAGCUUUUUUGUGAAACGUUGUGAGAGGUAUGUGCUAUCUGUACUAAUUAAGCAGCG